CUCGUCACAGGAGGAGCCGGCUACAUUGGCUCCCAUACCGUCCUCGAGCUACUCAAUGCUGGCGUUGCUGUCGUGGUCAUCGACAAUCUGUGCAACAGUCAUAUGGAAUCUCUCUGCCGAGUACACUACAUUGCCCUCCCUCCAAUUUUUUUUCACCAAGUCGACAUCCGAAGCACGAAGUCAAUGAACCAAGUUUUCGACUUCUGGCAGUCUGACAAGAUCCUCAUCCAUUUUGCCGCUCUCAAAGCUGUGGGAGAGUCCAUCACAAAGCCGCUCGAGUACUACGAGAAUAAUGUUGCUGCACUUGUCGUCUUGCUCAAGGCUAUGAAGUCUCACGAUGUCAAUGUACUUAUCUUCUCUUCAAGUGCUGUCGUCUAUGGCGUCGGGCAUGAAGCAGGUAUCACAGAAGACACAGUCCAAGUCGCCGGCAAAGGAUCGGGUGGUGGCUUGCUUACCAAUCCCUAUGGCCGCUCAAAGUGGAUGUCUGAAGAGAUCAUCAACGACUAUUGCAUCGCAGACCCGAAUUUCCAUGCCAUCUCACUACGCUAUUUCAACCCCACCGGCUCUCAUCCUAGCGGCUUGAUCGGCGAAGAUCCCAAAGGCACGCCCAACAACAUUGUACCUGUCAUUCUCCAGGCAUACCAACGCCGUCGCAGUCGUGUUCAUGUCUUCGGCUCCAAUUACGACACCUCUGACGGCACUGGUGUUCGUGACUACAUUCAUGUCAGCGAUCUUGCCAUGGGUCAUUUAGCAGCACUGCGCAAAGCUACAAAGCAACCUGAUGCCGUCCCUGAAGGUGAAGAACUCGGUGGCCAAGACCCUGUUGCCAACUACAACGUCUACAACCUAGGCACAGGACGAGGAUACUCAGUACUGGAAAUCAUCAAAGCCUUCAGCAACGCCGCUGGAACUUCCAUUCCCUUCGCAGUCGGUGAAGCUCGCGCAGGCGAUCUCGGCACCGUCACCGCUUCCCCAGAUAAGGCAGCCUCGGAUUUGGACUGGCGUGCUGAAUUCGACUUACAAGACAUGUGCCGCGACGUCUUCAAUUGGGCCGCCGCUAACCCCACCGGCUAUGAGACG